AGAAAAUGGGACCAACCUGCUUCCACGAACAAAAAGAAACCCUACAAAGCUUCGUCAUUCACGACGUUUCGCCGAAAGAAUGCCCACCUCUUCUUACUAUGAUGAUUAUCCGCCAGCUACCAAUAGCCAGAGUCAGGAAAAUCAUAAACCAAUCUUCACCAACUGCUCAAUGUAUCAACCUUCUGUACCAGAAGAGCUGACACAUACCACCACUGUUAUACAGGUUACCGCGGCUGACAAAGAUCCGCCAGAAUCAGGAGGGAAAGUAACCUAUACUUUCGUUGCAACUCCACAAGAAAGUCAAAAAUUUAAUAUUGAUCCUGAAACGGGAGUUAUUACUACUAGACAUAGCUUUGAUAGAGAUGAGCCAAAUCGAGAAAAAGAAGUUUAUUUAACAGUUCGAGCGACUGAUAAUGGAAGGCCUCAGCUUGAUGAUGUCUGUACAUUCAAGGUUAUUAUUGAAGAUAUUAAUGAUAACGCUCCAGUAUUUGAUAAAGUUGACUACCAAGAAUCUGUACCUCAAGAUUUACCCCCUAAACGUGAAGUAAUGAGAAUAUCUGCCACUGACGUUGAUGAUGGAAAUAACAGUAUUGUAAUGUACAGCUUAGAACCAAGAUCUGCAGAUAUGUUCAACAAGACCUAUUUUCAAAUUGACAGUAAGACAGGUGUGAUCACCCUUGAUCGAGUGAUUGAUCGUGAUCCUGGUUAUAAAUUUAAACUUAGAGCAACAGCCACAGAUCAUGGGGAUAUCCCCAAGUCAGCUGUUAUUAACCUGGAUAUUCAAGUAGUUGAAUCUAAUAAGAAAGCUCCUGUCUUCACAUCAAUACCAGCUUCACCUAUUGUUCUUCUAGAAAAUUUCACCGAUUUUACUGAAAAUAUUGCUACUUUAACUGCUAUGUCUAAUGACGAAAAAGCUCCUGUUUUUGAACUAGUUACGGGAAGAACAGAGCAAACCAAUAAAUACAGUACUUUUCGGUUAGAAUCUGAUGCAAAUACUGCUCACAUAAGGCUUGCUAGACGAAUGGAUUAUGAAUCAAUCGCUGAAUAUACUCUCACUAUUCGAAUACAGAACAAAUUCAAUCUGGCUUCAGAAACUAGUAUUAAUAUCCAGUUAGAGGAUGUCAAUGAUAAUAUCCCUGCCUUUACUGAAGUAGUAUCAGGUGUUGUAUUAGAAAAUGAACCCGCUGGGACUCCAGUCAUGCAAGUCAGGGCUAUUGAUGCAGACAGUACCACUGCUCAUAAUCAGGUCACGUAUGAAUUGGCUGAUAAUAAAGAAAAUUUUGCUAUUGAUAGAUACACUGGUAACAUUACUACAAAAAAGAUGUUUGAUAGAGAGGAACAAGAUUUUUAUAAUGUUAAAGUUAUUGCUACUGAUAAUUCUCCUUCUGCAUUAUAUAAAACUGGAGUACCUAAUGAAGGUCAACAGGUGUUUCGAAUUGAAAUAGCUGAUAAGAAUGAUCACCCUCCAAAAUUUACUGAAGCAGUAUAUAUUGCUGAAGCUAUCCCUGAAAAUGCUAAUACAAAUGCUCGUGUUACCCAAGUUAAUGCUCAAGACAAUGAUACUGCCUCGCUUGUGCACUAUAGUAUAUUUUAUGGUAAUGAAAAUGAUGCAUUUGUAAUUGAUGAAACUACUGGUGAAAUCCGUGUCAAUAAGAAUUUAGAUUAUGAAACCAGGACCAAUUAUACUUUAAAAGUUAAAGCAUUCGAUGGAGCUUAUGAAGAUAAUUGUGAGGUGCACAUAAAAAUUGAAAAUGUAAAUGAUAAUCCUCCAGUUUUUGUUUCUUAUCAAAAAACCAUUACUAUAAUGGAAGAAGAAUUAUUCCCAGGAUGCAUUGCUCAGCUUGAAGCUUAUGAUCCAGAUAUUCCUGAUAGAAGUGCACCUCAGCAUAUACUUUAUUUUGUUGUAAAACAACAGCAAAGUAUGUGGUUAAAUAUCAACAAAAAAGGUUGCCUCUCACUGAUAAAGCCUUUAGAUAGAGAUCCUCCUAAUGGUACUGAGUCUUGGCAAGUUUUGAUUGGUGCCAAAGAUGAAGAUGGUGGGCCCACGGGGGUACAACAGACCACUGAAGUCAUUAUUAUGUUAACCGACAUAAAUGACAAUGCUCCAUACUUAGACAUGUCACAACCAGUAAUUUGGACAGAAAAUGAACCCCCUGGAGACAUUGUGAAAUUAAAUGCUGAAGAUAAUGAUGGUCCAGAAAACGGUCCACCUUUCACUUUCAAUAUUGCUCCAUCUGCUAGCACUGAAAUCCAGACCAAAUUUACUAUAUCAGGUUCAACUUUAAAAUCACUUGUCAGGUUUGAUCGUGAAGAGAGGAAAUCCUAUUUUGUACCCAUUGCUAUUACUGAUAGUGGCAACCCUAGUUUGACUGGUACAAGCACAUUACAUGUUGUCAUUGGCGAUGUUAAUGACAAUCCAAUGAAAAGUGGAUAUAGUGAAAUUUUCGUUUACAAUUACAAGGGAGAGGCCCCAGAUACAGAAAUCGGUAGAGUAUAUGUAGAAGACCCUGAUGAUUGGGAUUUACCUGACAAACGCUUUGAAUGGGCUGGUAUGGCCAGUCCAUAUUUUUAUUUAGAUCCAAAGACUGGCAUGAUCACAAUGUCGCAAGGAACUGUUGAUCAAUCAUAUGUCCUCAACUUUACUGUUUUUGAAAAUACAACCAGAUAUUUCAGUGCUCACAGUGUAUCAGCUACCGUCAAUGUUACUGUCAAAGAAAUACCAGAAGAAGCUGUUGAUAAGUCAGGUUCUGUUCGUUUAGUUGGAAUUACUGCUGAAGAAUUUAUAGAAGCUAAUUCUAAUGGUAUCAGCAAGAGAACUAUGUUCAGGAAAUAUUUAGCAAAAUUCUUGAACAUUACUGAAGAAAAUGUUGAUGUGUUUACUGUUUUACAUUCUCCACACAAUACAAAUACAAGUCUACUGGAUGUUCGAUUUUCAGCUCAUGGUUCUCCUUAUUAUAGUCCAGAAAAACUGAAUGCAGCAGUGAGCGUGCAUAAUGCUGAAUUGGAGAAAGAGCUUGGAGUUGCGAUUCUCAUGGUGAACAUAGAUGAAUGUCUCAUUGAAAGGCAGUACUGUGAGGGUUCAUGUAUUAAUUUUCUGAAUAAAAGUCGUGAGCCGAUCGCCGUUUACACUAAUACAACAACUUUUGUUGGUGUGAGAGCUGUUGUAGAUCCUUUUUGUAAUUGUGAGGUACUUUCAAGGCCAGUUUGUUAUAAUGGUGGUACACUUAUUAACGACAAGUGUGAAUGUGAACCUGGCUUUGAAGGACCUCAUUGUGAGAUCCUAAGUGUUGGAUUUAAUGGAAAUGGAUGGGCCCUUUAUCCUCCAUUAGAAUCUUGUGCUGAUUCACAUCUGUCUUUGGAACUUCGUUCCAAUAAAAAGGAUGGUCUUGUGUUUUACCUAGGGCCAACUAAACCAAAUCGACUUUUGAAUGUGCAAGAUUUUAUAUCUCUUGAGGUGGUAGAUGGCUACCCAGUUCUUCUAUUGGAUUUUGGAACUGGUACUGUAAAACUAGAUCCCAAACAAAUCAGACUUGAUGAUGGAGAGCAGCAUCGUAUCGACAUAAUAUGGUCCAGAACAACUAUUGAAUUACAAGUUGAUAACUGCAAGCUACCUUCAUGUUUAAGCCUAAAAUUAAAAGCAGGUGACAAUGAAUUUUUGAAUGUAAAUGGACCAUUACAAAUAGGAGGCUCAUUUGUUGAUUUUAAUUACCUUGACAAUCACAUGAACUGGACUUAUAAACCUGCAAGAGUAGGGUUUAGUGGUUGUGUUAAAAAUGUCACCUUUAAUAACAAAUUGUAUAAUCUUGGAAUGCCUGGACAUUCGAAAAAUGCAGACAUUGGUUGUAAUGCUGGUAUUGCAGUUGCAGUUUCUUUUGGAAUAGAUCCUAGUUUUAUAAUUGCCAUUAUUAUCUGCUUAGCUAUAUUACUAAUUCUGUUGCUGGCAGUGGUUGUCCAUCGUAGAAAAACUGAUGACCUGUAUAAAGACACUGACGAUAUUAGAGAAAAUAUUAUUAAUUACGAAGAUGAAGGUGGCGGUGAAGGUGAUAUGACAGCUUAUGACUUAAAUGUCUUAAGGCUCAUGUACAAUGAUGCAAUGCAGGACAAACCUCUUCCAGAUCAUUUGAAUUCUAGGCCAGAUGAAGUUCCUGAUAUAUGUGGUUUUCUGGAUGGAAAAAAACAGUCUGUUGAUAAUGAUCCUGAAACUAAUCCUUUUGAUGAUGUUAGGCAUUAUGCUUAUGAAGGUGAUGGAAAUACUACUGGUUCUCUAUCAUCAUUAGCUUCAGGAACUGAUGAAGGUGAUUUGAAUUUUGAUUAUUUGUCUAACUUUGGGCCACGUUUCCGGAAGCUUGCCGAUAUAUAUGGGAAAGAUUCUAGUGAUGACGAUGAUGAUGAUGACAAUUAUCAAACUACUGCAUCUGAAAGCUGGUGUUAAAUUUCCUUUCGUUUCAAGAUGAAUUAAUUUUUGUGAAAAAUAUAUCCAUUUCCAGUUUGUUGUUUCAUAUGCUAAUAGUGUACAAUAUAAGCACAACUACAGAUAUUUCUUUCUGUGUGCCAUUUACUGAGUCAAUUUUAAGACAGACUAUGUAUAUUGUUGUAAACGGUGUGCUAUUUUGUGUAAUUAGACUGAUAUAUAUAUUUAUAUACUUGAUUGAUGAUAGCACUUCAAUAAAUUACUAGAUGUUAAAUGUCUAUUACAUAUGUAUAUUGAAUGGACUAUUUUUAUAUUUUAUGUUUUGGACAUUUUCUUUGGAUGAUGAUUAAGGGGUACCCCCUGAGAAGAAGGGUAAUAUCAGUGUUCAAAUUUUUUUUCAUAGAGUAAAGAAAUUUAUUCUCUGAUAUUAAAUGAAAAACUUUCUUUUUUUUUAUAUUGUGUAUUACAUAAGACAGGGGUUUCAUUUGUUUAUUAUUAUUUAGGGAUGUCAUAUGGUACAACAGAACUUAAAAAUGGUUUUUACUUUUCUAAUGUCUUGCUGAAAUAGGCAUUAUUAUUAGCACUUGAUUAUUCUACCCUUUAAGAAAACAUCAAGAGGCUGAUAGUGUAAAAAGAUGUAUAUUUUGUGAAUAUUAAUUUGUAUGCUCUAAAGUUGAGAUAAUUAUUAUUUUGUACAUGGUAAGGUAAGAUCAGAUUGAAGUAUACAAGUUUAGUUACUAUUAUUUGGGAUUUUAAGUUGGUGCUGAUAUUUUAAAAAUGAAAUCAUAUCCAUUGGUUCAUUAUAUGCACAAUCGUAUAUGGUCAAUGAGAAAAGAAGUGGGAAUAACUUAAUCAAGAAAUUAAUGGUUUCCAUUUUGUUAACAUUUUAAAUUUAUUUAUAGAUUAUUUUCCCAAUCCUUUUCUACAAAACCAAAGCCUGUCCAUGCUUGUGCAUACUACAUUAUCAUCCAAAGUUUAGCUGUGAGUUAUUUGUAUAAAUUUGACAUAACAUUGUUUUUAUUCAGGUUUUAUUUAUAUAUUUGUGUGUAUUGAUAUAUAAAUAUUACAAUAUGUAUAAUAUAUAUAUUUACAUGCAUACUUUUGUAUAAAUCCUGACUAAAACAUGAUUUAUAAAAUAAAAAUCAUUCCAUUUGUUUAAGAUUUUGUAUAUUGAUAUAAAAAUUUAUAAUGUUUUUAUAUUUAAAAAAGAAACUUGAUUCCGUUAAUUGUAUCUUAUGUAAUCCAGAUUGGAAUAGUGCAUUACUAUAAAAUACACGCAAGCUUAUGUAUAUCAUUGUAUGUAACAUAUACAUAACAAAAAUUAUUAUUAGGAAAAAGGGUUUAUUACCCUUACUGUAUGUUGUGGAUGUCACAUGCUGCAUGUAUUAGGUAGAUAAUAGUUACUUUAUAUUUUUCUAAAUAUUUUAAUAUUAAAUUCUUUAUUACUUUGUAAUUUAUUGUAUUGAUUAUUAUUUUUUUUAGAAACAUUAGCAUUUUUUUUAAAUAAUUAAGAUAAAUUAUAAUGUAUUUAUUGUGCAGUCUUGGUGACUCUGUUGUAUGUACUUAAAAAACUGGAAAAUUAGAUUAUUAGUUUCUUGGAAAGUUUAAUGCAUUAUAUUAUUCUGUGACCUUUAAUUUCCUGUAAUUUAAACAUUUUGUACCAAAGAUCCAUUACUAUAUAUUUUUGUUUUGUUCUGUAUUAGCAAUUAAUUAUUUUUGUUACUAACUUCUUCAAUUGAGCAAUUUUUUUUCUUUCUAAAUGUAUUUAUUAUGGUACAUUCAUCUCUGAUCUUAUAGUUAUUUGAUUUGUUAUUUAUUUAUUUUUUGAAACAAAGACGGAAUUGCUUCUACAUAAAUUGCAUUUUCUUAACAUUCAUUAUUCUUUUUGCACAACUAGUUAGCAGUGGCCAUUGACUCCUCUUUCUCUACAAUUAUACAACUUUCAUUUAAUGGGCAAUUAAAGGUUUAUGAUUUCACAUUAAUGGUUCAUGAUUUUGCAGCUACUGGCUGCAUUAAAUCACUAUUUAAAAAAAAUGUCGGCAAUGCAGGGUCCUAGUUGCUGUGGACACUUAAAUGUUGUAAAUUUUGUGUGCCUUCUUUGGUUAUUACUUAGUCCUUCAUGGUCCUUGUAGUUACUUUCCUACAUAUGCUCACUACUUUUCAUUUAUUCAAUAAAAUUACAUGGGUGUUUUAAAUGUAAAAAUAGAUAGAUAUAAGUGUAUACAUAAUUAUAUAAGUGUUUAUAUUGUUGGCUAUAGAGGAGUAUUGAAAAAUGCAUAUUUAUAACAAUAUUUAUUUUGAACAGUAAUAUAUAUUUGUGUAUCUGACCUAAUUUUCCAUAUGACCUCUGCUUAUCCUCCUCCUCUAUCUCGAUGUUAAAUGUCAGUAAAUUAAGAACCAGAUGUUAUUAAGAUUAAGUGUUACAAUGUUAAUUCAUUAUCUUUAUUAAACUAAUUGUUGCAAAUUAACCUAUUCAAACUGUUCGAAACUCUCAAUGUCUCAAACUUCGGUGUUCUAACAUGUAGAGAAAAAUAAUAUUAACCUAUAUAUAAUAAGUAAAUGUGUACACUAUAAAAUGUAGUAUUAGAUUGUUCAUCUUAUCUGUGUUUAUAACUGUGAGAUAAAUCUAUUUCUGUUGAGCUUAUUACAUUUACCACUGAUUGUAUUAUUAUUAUCCUGGGCAUAACAUUCUUUGAUUUUUAUAUUCUAUUAAUCAACAUUUGACUUAUAAAUAUUUGUUAUGAAUAGGGCCAUUCUUCUGUUAAAUUGCUCUUUUAUGUGAUCUCAGUUUUAGUAUAAUCAAUUGGCACAAAAUUAAGAAAGAAUUGAAGUCAAAUGUAUUAUAUAGUACAUUAUUUUCAGUUUCACUAAUUGCACACAUGACUGUCUAUUAAUAUUAAGUGUGCUUUUUUUCAAUCAAAGUGUCGUAUUGUUGUAAUUAAUAUGCAUAUUAUACUUAUUAUUGUGUUGCCAUCAAACAAACCAUUGUGGAACUUGUAAGACUUGUAAAUUUUUCAAUUGAAAAUUUGUUUCUUAGUUUUGGUGCAUAAAUACCAUGAAAUGUAAUAGAAUUAGUUUCGUAUUAUAAUAAAUGUUUUUAAUAAAUCUCUUUAACCUUAUUUAUUUGGAUUUUUUAUUUGUAUAGAUUAUAAACUAUUCCAUUAAUUUGGCACAAAUUAAAUUGUAUUUAUUUACGUUUGAUUUAAUGGUAAGUAGCCUUGGAUAUUAUUUUGGAUUAUCUUAAGUUAUGCAUUAAAUCUAGAUUUUGAAUAUAAAAUUUUUACUGAUAUAU